AUGAUGCACUGUACAAUAAAAUAUAGGAGGGAGUUUCUUACACUUUUUAACGUAUGGAUGAAUAGAAAAAAUAAUUAUAUAUGUACAAAUAUUGUUAAGCUUUUUACAACACAUAGUGCUGAGUCAACAAGAGUAGAUGACAACGAAGAUGUUCUGGGGAAUGUUUAUAAAAGUGGGGUAGAAGAAAAAGAAGAAAACAAAAAAUCUAAAAGUAAACAAAAGGAUCUUAAGGAGGGUAAGCAGCAAAAAGAGUACGAGCGGUAUAAUGAGUACAGGCAGCAUAAUGAGCACACGCAGAUACCGCCGCAAAAUCUUCCCCCUCAUGAUUAUAAAGAAACAUCGUUUGUCAAACCAAGAAGCUUUGUAUAUGGGCCAAGAGCUAGUAACACAUUAACGAGUGAGUUAUAUAACAAAAUUGUAAAUGAACACAAACUGUGUGAAGAAAUACCAUAUGACAGUGGUAAAAAAAAAAAACGUCAUGCACAAACACUUAGCCAGAGUGUUAUUAAAACAAAAUAUCGAACUGUAGGAGAAACAAAGGAGAACCCAUUAUAUGAUAUGAAUAAGAAAUAUUUUAAUAAAGGAGAUAACACAGGUACACCAUUGAACGAGGAGCACAUGUCUACAAAUAGCGAACAUCUCAUGAUAGAGAAUAAACGUUUUACAGAGGGUACAAUGAAGUGUAAUGAUAAUCCAAGUGUGGACGAUAAAAAGGAUGAAGUACUACAUGGAAAACUUAACAGUGAUAGGAAUAACGACUUAAUUAUUAGUAGCAAUAUCAAAAUGGAUGCGAAAAGCAUAAUUAAAAACAAAGGAAAAAACAAUAUGGAAAAUAAAAUAAUAAAAAGAAAAGGUUAUGAUGUUGUUCAUAACACAGUAGAUAAACAUAUAAAUAAUAUGCUAAUGAAAAGUAAAGAUAAUCAGCUAAGCAUUAGUGAAAAGAAAAAAAAUGAUCAUUUUUAUAAAAUAUUUUUCUCUUCAAAGAAAGUAAAAAUAAUUAAAUCACAAAAUCAUCCGGUUUUUAUACAUUUAUAUAAAUUAGCAACUGAUAGAAAGUAUAGAGAAAAACAAGAAAAAAUAUUAUUAACAAGUAAGAAAAUUAUACUAGAGAGACAAAAAAAUUACUUAUGCAGAAUUUAUACAAAUAGUAUUGAUAAUUUAAAAGAUUUUCACUCAUUUGAUAAUUUUAUAUUGCUUUCAAAUAAAUUGCUAAAAAAACUUUCUUUUCUGUACUCUUUUAAGAAUGGAGUUUUAGCUGAGGUUUUGCAUAAAUUUCACUUUGAUAAUGUGGGCCUACCCCACUUAGCAUUUUGCUUUUAUAACGUCAAUUGGGGGGAAGAGCACCAAGUUGGGGCUGAGGUAAAAAUGAAUCAUGUGGACGAAGCGAAGGAGGAAAAGGAAGAGGAAGAAGAAGAAGAGGAAGAAGAAGAAGAAGAAGAGGAAGAAGAAGAAGAGGAAGAAGAAGAAGAAGAAGAAGAAGAAGAAGAUGGGGAAGACGAAUGGAAAGAGAGACAAAAGAUUCCAUUUGAGGUGAAGCAAAGCGAACAAAAUUUAAAAAUAUAUGAUAUCCAUUUUGAAGAAAAGGAAAACGCCAAUGAUAGAGCAGUUAAAAGGGAUGACUGUUCUUUAAAUAGUGAAAGUGCACAACAGUACGAUAUAAAAAAUAAUGUUGAAUAUUUAUGUAAUGGGGAUAUAGGCACAAUAAUACGGAGUUGUUUUUUACUAAAAUGGCAAUGUAUAUUUAAUAUAGAAAAUUUAAAAAAAAAAAAUAAAAAUAAAAUAGCUAGCUAUAAAACUUUAGACAUAAACAGUAUUUACAAUAUUGAUUUUUUUCAUCCAUUUACUAUACGAGCAUCGUCAGGGUAUUUACUGGACAUACCAUACAAAAACACAGAUUUAAAUGAGUUACAUAAAUAUGCCAAAGAAAAUAAAAUAUUACUAUUAAAAUAUAGUAGCCAUAGUGAUUUGUAUAUAAAUUAUAAAAAAAAUUAUUCUGAACAUGAUCAUACAUUUUUAAAUUUGGUAAAUAAAGCAAAGGGCGUUUUUCUCAUAAUGGACAAUUGUAAUAAUAUAGAGAAAAAAUACAAAUCCGUACAUAAAAAUUUUAUUAAUAUGAGCAAUAAUUUGCAUAACAAAGAUGAAAUUUUUGAUAACAUAUACUAUGUUAACUUAAAGCAAAAUAAGGACAGACCCUUGGGCCUUGUUGCUACAUACAGUAUUUUUAUGUACAUUUUGAAAACUAAUUUUUUCAAGCACCUUCCACAGUCGUCGUACGUAUGCAUUGAGGAUUAG